UUAUAAUGGAGUAGUGGUUAAGCUCUUCAAUUAAAAUACAAAAGACUGAAAGAAACAUAAACAGGACACGACGGAACAUGUCAAUCUCUCUCUGUUUCCUCUGCCUCUUACCUCUUAUCUUUAUCUUCUUCAGAAAACUCCAACCCUCGAAAUGGAAUCUUCCUCCGGGCCCGCCGAAGCUUCCGAUCAUCGGAAACUUACACCAACGCGGAGAGUUACAUCCCAGGAACCGUAGGAACCUCUCCCAAAAGUACGGACCAGUAGUACACCUCCGCUUCGGAUUCGUCCCCAUGGUCGUGAUCUCAUCAAAAGAAGCAGCAGAGGAAGUGCUCAAGACUCACGAUCUUGAGUGUUGUAACCGACCAGAGACUGCCGGGAUCAGAAUGAUCUCUUACAACUCCAAAGACAUCGGGUUUGCUCCUUACGGUGAGGAGUGGAGGGCCAUGAGAAAGCUCUCGGUGGUGGAGCUCUUCAGCUCGAAAAAGAUUCAGUACUUUAGGUAUGUUAGAGAGGAAGAGAAUGACUUGCUGGUCAAGAAACUCUCUGAAUCUGCUUCGAGUGAAUCUCUGGUGAGUCUGAAGAAAACCCUUUAUACGCUAGUCGGGAGUAUUGUCUGUAGAGUAGGGCUAGGGCAGAAUCUACAUGAAAGUGAGUUCAUCGAUGAAGAUGGUAUAGCUGAUCUUGUGCAAAGGUCUGAGCUGCUCACGAGAACUUCUAUGUUCUCUGACUUGUUUCCCGGAAGAAUCGGUGAACUCAUAGAUUUGUUCACUGGUCAGACAAAGAGACUAGAGAAUGCUUUCUCGGAACUCGACACGUUCUUUCAGAAUGUUCUCGAUGAUCAUCUUAAGCCUGGGAGAAGGGUACAAGAGGGUUCUGAUAUUAUCGAUGUGAUGAUAGAUAUGAUGAGGAAGCAAGACUCUUUCAAGAUCACCACAGAUCAUCUCAAAGGAAUGAUAUCGGACGUAUUUCUAGCAGGGGUAAGCACAAGCGCAUCCACAAUGAUAUGGGCAAUGACUGAGUUGAUCAGAAACCCUAGAGUGAUGAAGAAAGUACAAGAUGAGAUUAGGACAACGCUUGGGGACAAGAAGGAGAGACUCACAGAAGAAGAUUUGAACCAACUUCACUACUUUAAGCUAAUGGUCAAGGAGAUAUUUAGGUUACACCCAGCAGCUCCACUUUUGCUACCGAGAGAGACAAUGUCUCACAUCAAGAUCCAAGGCUAUGAUAUUCCCAAAAAGACACAGAUCUUGAUCAACGCUUACGCCAUAGCACGUGAUCCAAAUGUGUGGAAAAACCCUGAUGAGUUUGAUCCUGAUAGGUUUGUAGAUAGUUCAGUAGAUUACAGGGGAUUAAACUUUGAGCUUUUACCGUUUGGUUCCGGUCGGAGAAUCUGUCCAGGGAUGGCGAUGGGGAUUGUCAUUGUUGAGUUUGGACUUUUAAACUUGCUUUAUUUCUUCGACUGGGGAUUGCCGGAGAAAGAACCAGCCAAGAAGAUCACCACCGGAGAUGAAGUUGCUCUUGACCUCGUUCAAGUUAUUCUGCCCUAAAUAUUUGGUUUUUGGCAACUUCUUAGAUAUGGGUUAUCAAAUGUUUGUGCUAUAUUAAGCUUGAUUCUGAACUAGAGACACCUUUAAGUUUUAAGUAUAAAGAAUAGUAAACCUUAUGAUAAUCUUCUAUUUAUCAAUUUCAUUAUAAA